GAUUUAGAUGCACUAUUGUAAAGUGGCUGUUCCACUGGAUGUCAUAAGGUGAAUGCACCAAUUUGUAAGUCGCUCUGGAUAAGAGCGUCUGCUAAAUGACUUAAAUGUAAAAAAAAAUGUAAAAUGUAAAUGAACACAGCUUUGGUUUUCCCCUAGUAUUGUCCAAUGGCAAUCUCACGUGGUGACACUACUUUGUAGGGGAGUACACCCACGGCCAUGCGGAGUACACCCACGGCCAUGCGGAGUACACCCACUGCCAUGCGGAGUACACCCACGGCCAUGCAGAGUACACCCAUGUUCAUGCAUCGUGGUCUUGGACACAACUAUCUACAGCAAGAGUUUCCAGUCGUGAAAUCUAAAAUAUACGGAUCCAACCUGACGUUUAAUGAGGGCUUUUCAUAUAGAGACUUCAAUGGCCUCUUCUUCGCUCUUUACAUCUCACCAGUGGAGUUGGAAGAUGGUGGGAGGUUCAUCUUCCAUUUUAAAAACCUCCUAGUCGCCUCUAUUAAUGUGGUAACAAUAAAGGACAUCCCGAUAGAGAGUCACCCCAACAGGACGCUCAGUGUGAAACCCCCCCCAGCUUCAUUAUGGACCAGCUGCACUGGCAGUGUGUGGUGUUCAGAGGGCUUGCUCAGAGCGACAGCCUCCCUGACCUCACAAUGCCCACACAGACAACAGUGUAUUCAAUGACAGGUAACAACUUGGGAUUUUAUAGACUCUGCAAUCUGACCCCAUAUGUUCCAAACCCAGCAUAAUCUAAAAAGAUUGUUCAGCACGGGACCUCUGCAUGGGCUUAUUGUAACAAAGGAAAGAGGUUAUCAUUUGUACUUGAGAGGCUUUCUUGUAGAAUACAAUCUAACAGAGGUCUCUGUUUCUUAGAGCCGGGCACAGCGACGGUGGUCAGAGGGGAGAUUACAGGGGGUGCCACCCUAGUAAUACCGGUUCUGCUGUCGAAGACCAGAAGUCAUUUCCUGUACAAACUUAACAGGGCCCUCAGUAAUGAUGUGAGUUUGCUACUGAGUAAAGAGGGGAACAGAACAGGUAGUUACAGUAACAUGGGGAAGGACAGAGGCUCUAUGAGAGUGACGUUGUUGUGGAUCCUGGUAUGGAUAUCAGCAUACGGUCAAGGAUUCUCAGCUGAAGUAUUGUCAAAGAACAUAUUUUUCCUUGCCGAGUCCAGAGAAAAAGUCACUGUCCCAGUUUCCCCUGUGGUUCUACAAGGGACAGAGCACCAAUACCAAUGGAUAUGGACCUCACAUAAUGGCAGACACUCAAACACCACAAUAGCCAAUAUAAUUUCAUCCACUUGGGAAUCUGUAUCGAUCACAUUGGGUUUUUCAAAAGGCAGAGGAUAUGAUCUUUCCAUGACGGCAAACUUUGGAAAUGCUGGAGAGUUUGUGUUCAUGCAAACCAAACCAGCUUCAGUUACUGUGAUGAGGUUUCAGGUGUUUGCUUUCAAAGUUACACCCUAUGAAUGGCCUUCAUUUCGUCUGGGUUCUGAUGUGAGUUUUAGUUGUGAGCUGUCCAGCCUACCAGAAGGGACCACACUUCAGUGGGAAAGAGAAGAAGAUCCCACUUCUAACACCACGUUGUUUUACAACAACACUGUCCACAUGGUCAUCCAUAGUGUUGAUCAGAGCAGUAAGGGGAGAUGCAACUGUGCUCUCAGACAGAAUGGAACAUUGUUAUAUGGAGUUUAUAAUACCUUGAAUGUUCAGAAAAGCACAUUCAACAUGCCAGUAACUUUGUUCAGAGAGAGCAGCAACAGCAGUGAGGUGGAGAUGAGGUGCAGGUCUUCAUACGGGUACAGCAAAGCCUCCUGGACCAAGGCCUCAUCUCCAGCGGAAGCACCUGCGACUCUGACAUCAGAUGAUAGACUAGAAAUUGGCCGGUUCUCAUCUCCCACGUCCAACCAGAAAGAUUUUCCCCUGAGACUUUCACCAGUGGCAUUUGAGGAUGGAGGAGUUUUCAGAUGUCAUUUUAAUAACAACCUUAUGUCUUAUGUUCAACUCACAACCAUUCAAGUCUCUGCAUCUAGAGGGCCCCCUGGUGGCCAGUCGGUGGUGCUGAAGUGUGAGGUGUCGGAGGUGAACGGUGACCCUGUGACCCUGGCCUGGCUGAGGAUGGAGGGGAGGACGGGGCUAGUGGUCAAACAGGACAUCCUUACAGAGAGUCAACCCAACUGGACACUCAGUGUGACCCUGCCCAGCCUCCAUAAGGACCAGCUGGACUGGCAGUGUGUGGUGUUCAGAGAGGACAUGCUCAGAGCGAGUGUUACCCUCAGACUCUGGGAUGCUGGUGGAAGAUCUGGGUUACCAGGCCUAGUGUUACCAUCACCUCUGAAAGACCACACCUUGCAGAUUUCGAUCAUUGUGGCCUGUACGGCUUUGGUUGUUGCCGGGAUACUGAUUGGUGCUCUGGUGUUCCACCUGAAGAGGAAGAAGACAGACCCAGCUGUGACAUCUCUACCACUUACCCAGAAAAAUGACACAGUCUAUGGUAACAUCACUGAUCCACAAGCAGACCAAGAGUUCCAGGGGUGGCAAGAUGGCAAUGAGGAAGUUCAUUACUCUGAAUUUGCUCUGGGUGAACCCAUGCUUGGUGAUCCCAACAGAGUCACAUCAGGGUCAAAUCAGGUACAGGAAGGGGUGAUCUAUUCGACGCUCAACAUAUAAAGACACCUGUCUUUCAGCAGGAUAAAACUACUGUCUUAAAAUGCAGGGAUUAUUUUCUGUUUAUUUCUUAUUGUGUUCAUUAGUCUAUUGUGGAGUUUUGUACCUGAUUUUGUCACAAUGUAAAGGAAGGUUGUGCUUAUUUCAAUCCUGCUCACAUGCCCAUAGCUGGCACCACACAAGUAAUUAUCAAAUCGGAAAGCAGCUGCACAAGACUAAUCGUAAUGCCCGUAGUAAACUUUGUUUCACUUGUGAAGGAACAUUGAUGAAUUACACAAUGUUCAAGGGGACAAUAUGUUAAAAUUAAAAUAGCUUCAAAUGUAAAUGACAUAAAAACCUCAAACCAACUGUAUAUUGUAGAAGUUCAUACAUACAGUUGAAGUCGGACAUUUACAUACACUUAGGUUGGAGUCAUUAAAACUCGUUUUUCAACCACUCCACAAAUUUCUUGUUAAUAAACUAUAGUUUUGGCAAGUCGGUUAGGACAUCUACUUUGUGCAUGACACAAGUAAUUUUUCCAAUAAUUGUUUACAGACAGAUUAUUUCACGUAUAACUCAAGGUAUCACAAUUCCAGAGGGUCAGAAGUUUACAUACACUAUAUUGACUGUGCCUUUUAAACAGCUUGGAAAAUUCCAGAAAAUGAUGUCAUGGCUUUAGAAGCUUUUGAUAGGCUAAUUCAUGUAAUUUGAGUCAAUUGGAGGUGUAUCUGUGGAUGUAUUUCAAGGCCUACCUUCAAACUCAGUGCCUCUUUGCUUGACAUCAUGGGAAAAUCUAAAGAAAUCAGCCAAGACCUCAGAAAGAAAAUUGUAGACGUCCACAAGUCUGGUUCAUCUUUGGGAGCAAUUUCCAAAUGCCUGAAGGUACUAUGUUUGUCUGUACAAACAAUAGUACACAAGUAUGAACACCAUGGGACCACGCAGCCGUCCUACCGCUCAGGAAGGAGACGCGUUCUGUCUCCAAGAGAUGAACGUACUUUUGUGCGAAAAGUGCAAAUCAAUCCCUGAACAACAGCAAUGGACCUUUUGAAGAUGGAGGAAACAGGUACAAAAGUAUCUGUAUCCACAGUAAAACGAGUCUUAAAUUGACAUAACCUGAAAGGCCGCUCAGCAAGGAAGAAGCCACUGCUCCGAAACCGCCAUAAAAAAGCCAGACUACGGUUUGCAACUGCACAUGGGAACAACGAUUGUACUUUUUGGAGAAAUGUCCUCUGGUCUGAUGAAACAAAAAUAGAACUGUUUGGCCAUAAUGACCAUUGUGAUGUUUGGAGGAAAAAGGGGGAGGCUUGCAAGCCAAAGAACACCAUCCCAACCGUGAAGCACGGGUGGUGGCAUCAUCAUGUUGUGGGUGCUUUGCUGCAGGAGGGACUGGUGCACUUCACAAAAUAGAUGGCAUCAUUAGGGAGGGAAAUUAUGUGUAAUGGCAGCCUUCCUCCUCUUCGUCUGAAGAGGAGGUGUAGCAGGGAUCGGACCAAGACACAGCAUAGUUCGUGCUCAACAUAUUUAAUUAAGAUGAUAAACGUGAACACUUACAAAAUACAAAAAUAACAAACGUGGCAAACCGAAACAGUCCUCUCUGGUGAAACGAACACAAAGACAGGAAACAACCACCCACAAACCCCAACACAAAACAAGCCACCUAAAUAUGAUUCCCAAUCAGAGACAACACAAAACACCUGCCUCUGAUUGAGAACCAUAUUAGGCCAAACAUAGAAACAGACAACCUAGACACACAACAUAGAAUGCCCACCCAGCUCACGUCCUGACCAACAAUAAAACAAGUAAAACACACAAAAACUAUGGUCAGAACGUGACAUUAUGUGUAGGUAUUGAAGCAACAUCUCAAGACAUCAGCCAGGAAGUUAAAGCUUGUUCGCAAUUGGGUCUUCCAAAGGGACAAUAACUCCAAGCAUACUUCCAAAUCAAAAUGGCUUAAGGACAGCAAAGUCAAGGUAUUGGAGUGGCCAUCACAGAGCCCUGACCUCAAGCCUAUAGAACAUUUGUGGGCAGAACUGAAAAGCAUGUGCGAGCAAGGAGGCCUACAAACAUGACUCAGUUACUCCAGCUCUGUCAAGAGGAAUGCGCCAAAAUUCACCUAACUUAUUGUGGUAAAACCUGUGGAAGGCUACCCAAAACGUUUGACCCAAGUUAAAAAAAAUAUAUAUGCAAUGCUACUAAAUUCUAAUUGAGUGUAUGUAAACUUCUGACCCACUGGGAAUGUGAUGAAAGAAAUAAAAGCUGAAAUAAAUCAUUCUCUCUACUAUUAUUCUGACAUUUCACAUUCUUAAAAUAAAGUGGUGAUCUUAACUGACCUAAGACAGGGAUUCUUUACUAGGAUUAAAUGUCAGGAAUUGUGAAAAACUGAGUUUAAAUGUAUUUGGCUAAGGUGUAUGUAAACUUCCGACUCCAACUGUAAAUAUUGAAAGCAUUUAAUGAGAACUAAAAGGUGUGCAACAUGAAAAUAUUGUCUCAUUUACAUAGUGUACUUUAUUGACGGUCCCUAACGUGACCCAGCCAUAGGCUAUCCAAAGUCAAAACCAAUUUUGCCAUGGUCAAACACCAGCCAGCUCUGUACACACACAAGAGACAACCCACACAAGAGACAACACACACGUUUUCGAGUUAAUUUCAUGGAAUUCUACACGUUUUGCCAUGGGGUGUAGAGAAAAUGUUGCAGAUUUAAAGCAAAUUGCCUUCAAUUCUACACAUUUUGCCAUAGGGCGGAGAGAAGAUUUUGCAAUUUAUGCAAUUGUACUCAUUUUGGCAUGGGGCGGAGAGGAAAAUGAGCUUUUUUACAGCUUAUUUCCUGCAAUUCUAAACAUCUUGCUAUAGGGUGGAGAUAAAUGUUUUUAAUAUGAUAUGAGUAAUACUUGGGGCUAGUGCUGAGCGAUUAACCAACAUUUUAAUUAUCUUUCGGUUUUUAAAAAACAUUGGUUCAAUUAUUUGAAUUCCAUUUGCACAGCUUCUCAAGAGAUAAAUCAGAUCCAGCCUGAACUGUGCGAUGUAGUAGGGAGUUUCCAUCAGGCCAAUAUUCUGCAUAGUUUAGCGCAUAAAACGUGGUAAUUAACUACAAUGACCACAAUCCAUUGAGAAUCUACUUGUCCUGUCUCUGUUUCUUUUACUGUAUGCCUGCUACGGAAGAGGCAGAAUGCAGGAUAGUGAGGGGAUAUAGAGAGCAGGUGUUGCUUCACGAGAUAUCUCUACCUGAAAAUACAAGAUCUAAGUCCAAGUGAUUGAUAGUUGGUGUUCAGCAGUCAUAAAAGUAUGCUUUAUUUAAUUUGAAGAACUACUAAAAUAGUGAUUUUGUCAGACAGCAAAUUUGGAAUGAAAUAAUGAAGUCAUCAAAUGAAACAAAUGUUAUAUAAAUGAUAUAAGUGAUAAGCAGUAACGGGCAGUCACUACCACCAUGGGAAUUGUACUGUUUGUUUUAUUCUGUGUUACAAUAUUCAACCCAAAUAAUCGAAACCGAAAUGGAAAACCAUGAUUAUUAUUUUUAUUAUCAAACUGAAACCAAACCGACCUCAAAAAGCACUAAUCUUCAGCACGAAUGGGAGACAGAUGGUUAUUCGACCAUGAUAACACGUUUAGAUAGCAGGAUGCUAAACUAAUUUAGCAAUCUAAAAAAAUCUAGCUGACAUGAGCUAUAUUGACGGACUAUCAGUGACUGACAUAACAAGAGAAAAACUGCUGAUGCACAACCACAUUUCCAAGUUGCACCUGCUGUAUUCUAUUAUUAUAACUUGCAAUAGGGGCUGUGGGACACCAGUUACCAAUCCCUGAUCUAGUAGAAUUCGCUUGCUGCACACUAUUGAGGAACAGAACAGCCUUUCGAGAACUACGUACAUUUGACAACAGCUGAUAACCGCUUAAAUUGACAUGUCCCAAAUUGAACAAAUAGCUGGAAUAAAGUUUGCCCACUAAAUUACGGAUUCUCAGUAUCGAUGAGCCUAGUAUGUUGAAAAUUGUUGCUUAGGGCAUUCGUUUUUACCAAACAAUUGCGCUCUAAAUAGUAUGUAGUAUGAUAAAUACACAGUAUUUUGUUUUAGUAAGUAGUAUGCAAGACAGAUUUCGGGCAUGACCAUAGUAGAGUAAUAUCCUAACUAAGACACCCAUGUAUAGACAGCAGGUGGCGAAAUUUAGCAAUUUCAAGUAGCUGUAACUGAAAUAAUUUUGGAUUGCUGUAGAUAUUGCAUCAUUGGGUGCAAACGACAGUAAUGUUUUUGUAUUUUAUAGAUGUAUAUUUUGUAUCGAAAGUAACUUCAUUAGAUUGGUAUUU